CACUCUCUCUCUCUCUCAUCAUCAUCUGCAACUGUUGCAGAGGAACUUCACACACUCUCUCUCUCUAUCUUUCUCUCUCCACUUUUCCUCCUCUGCCACCGCGAGACGUUACACUUCUUUUUCCUGCGGCUUUUAGAGAGAGAAAGGGAGAGACGAAUUACAUCUUUUAGUAGUACUUAUCUUUUAUGGUUUUGGCAGGGAUUAUCUUCUUUACUUUCAUCAUUGUUUUGCCUCAUCAAUCUCUCUCGCUCUGUGUGCGAUCAAAUUUAACUCUCGCACCCUGGCUCUCCGAUCCGACGGUCACGAUCUCAUCGUCACCCAAUCGUACGCCUCGCCCUCCCCUGUCAGCCCUCCUCUACCAACUGCAAGUCUCACUGUCUUAUCGUCUGCAGUGAGCAGGUGGCAUCUAUACGACAAGGGGGUGAUGGAUGUUAAUGGUGACAGGAGACAACGGAGAAAGAAUCGCACUGCUCAGGAAAAUGGUGACAUGGGUCCAUUAGUUGCUGCUGCUGAUGAGCUGGAUCCCUGGACUGCAUGGGCAUACAAACCUCGUACCAUUACGUUGUUGCUUGUUGGUGCAUGCUUUCUAAUGCCUUCCUUCCUGGUCUACAAUGCAGCUAAAGAGAUGCCUUACUUCAUAUAUUUAAGUUGGGCUAGUGGGGCUCUUGAUCCUCAAAGUAGUUCAUCCGGUGAUAUUGUUACUUCCGUGAAAAGGGGCGUAUGGGCAAUGAUUGCAGUUUUUCUUGCUUACUGCUUGCUUCAAGCCCCGUCAACGAUACUUAUUAGGCCGCAUCCUGCAAUCUGGAGAUUAGUUCAUGGCAUGGCUGUUAUUUAUCUUGUUGCUCUCACGUUUCUGCUUUUCCAGAAUCGAGAUGAUGCUCGUCAAUUCAUGAAAUUUCUUCACCCUGAUCUUGGCGUUGAACUUCCUGAGAGAUCAUAUGGUGCUGAUUGCAGAAUCUAUAUGCCUGAAAAUCCCACAAACAGGUUUAAGAAUGUUUAUGAUACACUUUUUGAUGAAUUUGUGUUGGCUCAUAUCUUUGGAUGGUGGGGUAAGGCUAUAAUGUUUCGUAAUCAGCCCCUUUUGUGGGUCCUGUCAAUUGGAUUUGAGUUGAUGGAGCUUACCUUCCGCCACAUGUUGCCAAAUUUCAAUGAGUGCUGGUGGGACAGCAUUGUUCUUGAUAUAUUAAUCUGCAAUUGGUUUGGUAUCUGGGCUGGAAUGCAUACAGUUCGCUACUUUGAUGCGAAAACGUAUGAGUGGGUUGGUAUAAGCCGGCAACCAAAUAUUAUGGGCAAGGUCAAACGAACGCUAAGUCAGUUUACACCAGCGCAGUGGGACAAAGAUGAGUGGCACCCCCUACUUGGUCCAUGGCGUUUCAUACAAGUGUUGACUUUAUGCAUUGUGUUCUUGACUGUUGAGCUCAACACUUUCUUUCUUAAGUUUUGUCUUUGGAUUCCUCCUCGCAACCCACUGAUUGUGUAUAGGUUGGUCUUGUGGUGGCUAAUCGCAAUACCAACAAUUCGUGAGUACAAUUCAUACCUACAGGAUCGAAAACCUGUGAAGAAGGUGGGCGCAUUUUGUUGGCUUUCUGUUGCUAUCUGCAUCAUUGAGCUCCUCAUCUGUAUCAAGUUUGGACAUGGAUUAUUCCCCCAGCCAAUGCCUAUGUGGUUGGUGGUUUUCUGGACUUCCAUCGCUGUUGUCCUUUUGAUAUUUUUGAUUGUGUGGUCGGGGCAACUGCAUCGGACGCUGCGGAGAAAACAACAAUGAUUGUGUCAUUUUACAAGUAUCAUUCUUUCAUUCCAUUUUUGCUGUGUAAACCAACCACCCUUGUAAAUUAUCACCAUCUUGAGUUGUAAAUGCUUAUUACUUAGGUUAGUUGAGCGCAGAUUCUGAAUAGAAAUCACUCCAUUUAGGUUGUUGGAAAGGUUUUCUAAAUUUGGUCUCUCAGAAUAAUGAAUUUUUUUCUUCCAUUAACAAUUUGUAACUUGUUCAUAUAUUUUUGUUGACCAGAACCAUUGGUUUUGUAUCUUGAUUCUCUUAGUUUUUUGGUGAAGUUGAUAUUGAACAUUUUUUUGCUGCA